AUGAGAAGUUGUACAAUCAAAAGAGAUACCAACGAAACCAAAAUUCAAAUAGCUUUAUGUUUAGACGGUGGAGAAUUAGUAUUUGAACAAUCAUUUUUCCCUGAUAAACAAGAUGAUCAUGCUAAACAACAAUCUUCAUCUCAAACCAUUAACAUCCAAACAGGGAUUGGGUUCUUAGAUCACAUGUUACAUGCCUUAGCUAAACAUUCAGGUUGGUCAUUAUUAAUUGAAUGUAUUGGUGACUUACAUAUUGAUGACCAUCAUACUGCUGAAGAUGUAGCCAUUACUUUGGGUUUAGCUUUCAAACAAGCUUUAGGUCAUGUUAAAGGUGUCAAGAGAUUUGGUUCUGGUUUCGCACCUUUAGAUGAAGCUUUAAGUAGAGCUGUUGUAGACUUAUCUAAUAGACCUUAUGCUGUAAUUGAAUUAGGAUUAAAAAGAGAGAAAAUCGGUGAUUUAUCUUGUGAAAUGAUUCCUCAUGUUUUUGAAAGUUUUGCUCAAGGUGCUGGUAUUACCUUACAUGUUGAUUGUUUAAGAGGAUUCAAUGAUCAUCAUAGAGCUGAAAGUGCCUUUAAAGCUACUGCUAUCGCUAUAAAAGAAGCCAUUUCCAGUAAUGGAACUGAUGAAGUUCCAAGUACUAAAGGUGUUUUAUUCUGA